AUGUCAGAUUCAUCCCAUCCUCUCUCAGUCCUGGUCACCGGGGCAGCCGGUGGAUUGGGUAAAACCAUCGCCACCGCAUAUCUUGAUAAGGGCCACAAUGUCACCAUCUGCGAUGUGCACGACGAGCGUCUUGAUGCUACAUUGAAACUGUGGACUGAGAGUUACCCCGGAAGGUUCAUCAUCAAAAAGGCUGAUGUUGCCUCCCAGAUGGAGAUAGAUUCUCUCGUCGAGGAUAUUGUCAAGCGCUUUGGGCGUCUUGACGUUCUCGUCAACAACGCCGCUGUUCUCGACAAAUUCCAUCCAGCCGGGACGUGUUCGCAAGAGAUGUGGGAUCGAAUCUUGCGAGUCAACCUCACUGGAGCAUUUGUUUGUACGAAAGCUGCUGUUAAUGCAAUGCUUGCUCAAUCUCCACCAGGAGGAUCCAUUAUCAACAUGGGCUCAAAUGCUUCUGUGUGUGGCAUCGAUGGUGGAUUGGCUUAUUUGGUAUCGAAACAUGGGGUUCUGGCUCUCACCCGCAACACCGCAGCCUUCUACCUGGAGAAAAACAUCACCUGUACUAUGCUGCAAUUGGGAGGUUUGGCAGCAACAAACAUACAGGAUUCACUGGUUGAAGGAGUUGAUAUGGAAGGGUUGGGAUUGAUCGAGAAGCAUAUGCCGGGUUUCAACUAUGGGAUCAAUGAUGUUCCGCUGGAGGACGUUGCUAAGUUAUGUCUCUUUUUAUCAGACCGUUCUAUUGCCAAAACGAUGAAUGGAGCUUUGGUUCCAUUCAACCGUAACUGGCCUGCUGGACAUUAA